AUGAUGGCGCGUGCUCUAACUCAGCAGGCCAUUUGGCUUGUCUGCCUUACGGUUGCUUGUUCGGUUUCUCCUGCACUAGCCCAAAGCACGGACUGUGUCACCGCGUUGGACAACCUGAUCACGGACGUGGACGCACUUCAAGGCGCGGUUGGAGAGCAGACAGAGAAACCUGUCGAAGAGAGUGGAGUGUCAGCUGACUACUGGUUGCGACGGUCCAAGCCCGUCUCAGAGCACACAUAUUUCCCCGGAUUCCCGGCCAAGCCAGAGUUUCCCGAUAUCCCUGAAGAAAUCGUACUGACAACCACAACUACAACUAGCACGGCCACAACUACAACUACUCCCGCCACAUCUACAACUAGCACGACCACAACUACAACUACUACAGCCACAUCUACAACUAGCACGACCACAACUACAACUACUACCGCCACAUCUACAACUAGCACGACCACAACUACAACUACUACCGCCACAUCUACAACUAGCACGACCACAACUACAACUACUACCGCCACAUCUACGACAACCGCUACAUCUACUACAACAUCCUCGGGAACGACGACUAAAAAGCAAAAGGAUUCGAAGGGUUCCAAGAAGGAUUUUUAUUUCAUGAAACUUGCACGGUUGAUGUUGGGGCUUUUCGGGAACAACACGGGAGAGAAGGCCACCGACCAGCCAUCGGCCGAGGCUAGCGAUUUCCAAGACGAGGAGGAGCGCACUGCACAGCUUCUCGAACGCCUCGAAGGUGCAGUUUUCGGUUGUAGUCAGGAGAUCAGCAAACUUGUGGAUCAGUUCUGGCGCGAUCCGGGGGUGCCUGAAUUCCCUUCACGAGCUCUUCGCGGUGUGUCCCCUUGA